AUGACUUCCGCGUACGAAACGACGACAGAACGUGAAGAGCAGAAGGCAACAAGUCCGCACGAUACUGUGAGAGUACUUUACAGUCCGGACGUUGUCUCUGACAUGGAGGAGACGUCGUCUCGGGCGAAUCUCGCAACAGGUGACUCGUAUUUCGAGGAAUCCACGCUUCUUUCUUCUGUAGAAGUCAGCGUUUCGCCCGAUGAAUCAUUUGGCGGGGAUCCGAAAAUGUUCGAGAAAGAAAAGGAAAGUAAGGAUGAAAAAAGCGUCGGCGUUUCUGUAAAUCUUGUAGAUGAUAUUUUACAAAUGAAUAGAUUCAAAAAUAGGGAAUUGUCUUUUGAAGAUAAUGAGAGGCAUGAGGAAGAGAAAUCGGUUUUAUUGGCGGAUAACAUUUCAUCGGAAAGCGCAUCCAUGUGCAGUGCAAAAAGGGAACAGGUUAAGGAUCUUGGCAAAGACCAGAAGAAUCGAAGCACGCUGGAGAUCCAAGUGCUGCAGGAACAGUGUGACAGUGGUAUUCACUCCGGGGAGAAAUUUCGAGAUUCCGCAGUGGAGGACGUGCGAGUUUGUUGCGAGAAUGUGGCGGAAAUUCGCCUGAGGACGGAUAAGAAACCAGAUGAUUUUGAAAGGGAAAUUAUCAGCCAGCAAGACAGUGGCUCGUUUUAUGAUGCAGUACGAUCGGGAAAUACUGAGCGUGUCUCGAUGUUGAUCGCCAGCGGUUGCGUGCAAAAUCUGGACGAACCGGAUUGGAACGUGUCGGGCGAUCCACCCCUAUUGAUGGCAGCAACGAAUCACUGCCUUUCUGUGCUGAGCACGCUACUAGCAAACGGGUGCGAUCCAGCUGUGCGUUCACCGCGGGGUGAGACGGCACUUCACAGAGUAAUUCUGAACGGUGGACCGGGUAAUGUGUUGAAAUUCGUGGAGGAUCUCUUGAAAUACGACUGUCCGUCAGGCGUCAAAGAGGCUGGCAAUGGAUCGACUGCGUUGCACAUGUUGACUCGUCAACUGGCUCACACAUCGCUAAAAUCCCUUCGUCAUAAUUUCGAUGCGGCUGUGAAGACGCUAGAAUUAUUGACGCAAGCUGGACCCGUUAAUGCUAAGGAUCAUCAAGGUCGAAGUGCCUUGCACAUAUUAGCAUCGUCAACUAUCUUUGAUAACAAUCACAAGACCGACAUCGAGUCGUUGAUUGGUACGCUUCUGGCCAGCGGUGCGGAUACUGCACUGAAGAAUGAUCGCGGAGAGACCGCUUUACACGAGAGUUUGGAAUGCGGUACAUUAAACACGGCGACAUUGUUGAUACAACACACGCCGACAGGCAUCACGUCACGAUAUGGUGAAACCCCGUUACAUAUAGCAUCGCGAAAGAACCAUGUUGAUAUGGUGACGAAGCUACUUGUGCACGGCGAAGAUCCUGGCACGCAGGACGCCAGCGGGAACACUCCGUUGCACCUUGCAUCAGCGAGAGGAUUUCAUCAGACGGUGUCACUGUUAGUCACCUCGCCCUUAGCUCAAUUGGAGAAGGUUAACAUUGACGGUCUGACGGCGUUACAAGUCGCCACUGAGAGUGGAUUCGCUAACGCUGUCAAGAUACUGUUGAAGGCUGGUGCUGAUCCUAGCCAAACCAUGCAUUAUUGCGCGACCAUUCUGCGCCGUCAUCCCGACAUCUCGCUCUUAAUCGAUCACGAAUUGACCAGACGUCGACAACUUGCCGCCUGAUUCGUUUUCCCACUAACAUCCGACAAUUUGUUUAAGACAGCUAAAUAUUAUUAUAAACAGAAUGCAAUUAUCAGACUUGUUGCUCAAUAUUGCAAUACACGUUUAAUACAUGCAGAAAUUAUGUAAUAUGUUCAAUCAUAAUAUACAUUUGUUGCCACAAA